AUGUCAACCCAACCCCUAGCACCCAAGUUGUUUCCUCGAUCGAGUACCCCUAACCAGCCUAUUCCAUCAACCGAGCAUGUCAAUCCAACCCCUAACACCCAAGUUUCUCCCUCGAGUACCCCUAAUCAGCCUAGUCCAUCAACUGAGCACGUCAACCCAACCCCUAACACCCAAGUUGUUUCCUCGAGUACCCCUAAUCAUCCUAAUCCAUCAACUGAACAUGCACCAGCACCCCAGCUCUUGAAUCCCACAGCAAGCACCUUCACACGUAAUAGGCCCUCAGAUUCAUCAUCAAACUCAGAUCAAAAUUUAAUAAAGUCCUGCAUUGAAUUUAUGGCCCGUCGAGAACUCAUUGCUAACAAAAUCGAGAAAUUCGAUAACAGCCCUGAAAAUUUCCACACUUGGAAACUAUCAUUUAAGAAUAUGACAAGGAAUUUAAACAUUACCCCUAGUGAAGAGCUCCAGCUAAUUAUAGAGUACACUACAAAUGAAUCGAAGAAACUCGUCCAAAAACUGCGUAAUGCAUAUAUUGAAAACCCGAAAAGGGAGUGGCAGAAGUGUGGACAAAAUUAGGUGAAAGAUAUUGGUCCAAUGUCGUAUUGACCAAGGCAUAUGUAGAUAAACUGACAAAUUAACUUCCCUAAGAUUGGGUUUAAAGACAAUAAGAAAUUUCAAGAAUUUGGUGACCUUCUAUUAGAGAUACAAUGUGCAAAGGAGGACGGUCGACUCCAGGGACUAAGAAUCCUGGAUGAACCCAUCUACCUGAAACCAGUACUAACCAAAUUACCUGGAGAUAUCCAAACUAGGUGGCAGAGACAUGCCUUUUCCUACAAGAGAAACCAUGAUGUUGAUUACCCACCAUUCGCAGAGUUUUCUACGUUUAUCCAAGAUGUAUCACUCGAGAAGAAUGACCCGAACCUGGCCUUCGAGCGUCCCGAAAACGACAACCCUGCAGCAAGAAUGCGUGGUAGAUACCCUAGGCAAAGCUACAAAACCGAGAUUAUGGAUCCUUCAUCUGGAGAUCAUACGAAUACUCCAAACCCAAAUUUGUGUAUUAUCCAGCAGAAGCCUCAUCCCCUUAGCAAGUGCCGUGCCUUUCGUGCAUAA